AUGAUUUCGGCUACAGAGUUUCUAUCAUCGCUAUUAUGCUUAACCUAUCUAGCCUCUGCUCUGCCAGUCCUGCCCAAGAGAGAAAUUGUAACAAGAGUCCACACAGCAAGCACAACUAACGUAGUAACAGAUUUCUACUCUACUACCACUCAGGUUGUUGUUGCCCCCACCGUUGAAUUCUUAAUCAGCGAUAGUGUUACCUUCACCACAACUUUAAUUCCAGAAGGUGUCAACCCAACCGCUGAACCAACUACAACUAUCACUAAAGUUCUCGUAAAAAAGGUUCAAGAAACUACGCCCGCUCUGCAACCAACCUCUACUUUGCAACCAGCUUCUACACAACAAAUUAACGACUCCCCUUCCAGUACAACUUCAACCGAAAACGCACAGCAACCAAGUACUACUUCCGCUUCCACUUCUACACAAAAUAUGGUCAGCGGUGUUGGUGAAAUUAAUGUCGCAGGUGAUUCGCAAACCCAACAUCAUUCUCAUCAAGCUGCUGCGACAACUGAUGUGAACCAACAAACAACGACGACUUCCGAAAUGGCCGCCCAACCAACUACAAUGACGACUUCAUCUACUACCUCUUCUACUACCUCUUCUACUACCUCUUCUACUACCUCUUCUACUACCUCUUCUACUACCUCUUCUACUACUCCUUCUACUACUUCCUCUACUACUUCCUCUACUACUUCCUCUACUGCUCCCUCUACGGCUUCCUCUACUACCGCGUCCGGGGGUUCUUCUAAUGCAGCUAUUACUUCUUCUCCAAAGGCCAUUGCAUACUCUCCUUAUAACGACGACGGCUCCUGUAAAUCAGCAGACGCAGUCUCUUCCGAUUUGUCCCUGAUUAAAUCUAAGGGUAUAACUAGAAUUCGUGUUUAUGGUACCGACUGUAAUUCUUUUGAAACUGUCCAACCAGCUGCCGUGAAAUUAGGUAUUAAGAUUAACCAAGGUUUGUACAUCACCAGUAGCGGUGUUGACUCCAUCGAUGAUUCUCUAUUCACUUUGAUUGAAUAUGGUCAAACUAACGGUUGGGAUGUCUUUGAUUUUAUUACUGUUGGUAACGAAGCAAUUAUCAACGGGUGGUGUUCCGUUUCUGAUUUGAUUAGUAAAAUUUCAUCUGUUAAAUCUCAACUAAACAGUGCUGGCUAUUCUGGUCAAAUUACUACAAGUGAACCACCAGUCUCCUUUGAAAAUAAUCCAGAUUUGUGUACAAGCUCUGGAAUUGACUUUGUAGGUAUCAAUCCACAUGCCUAUUUUGAUGCUAGCUCCAGCGCUGAAAGCGCUGGCACAUUUGUUAAGGGUCAAGUCGAAUUAGUAAAAAGUGUUUGUGGUACUUCCAACAUUUUCAUCACUGAAACUGGCUACCCUUCAGCUGGUAUUCAAAACGGUGGCAAUAUCCCAUCUACCUCCAAUCAAAUUCUUGCCGUUCAAAACAUCUUGAACGAAAUGGACCUGGAUGUUACAAUUUUAUCGACUUAUAAUGAUUACUGGAAAGAACCUGGUCAAUACGGUAUCGAACAAUCAUUCGGUGUCAUUGAAUAUCUGCCAUAA